GGUAAGAAAAAGAUUGAAUCCCUUCGACAGAACUAAUGAAAGAUUGAUUUAGCCGAAAAUGGUAAGAAAUGCAGAUGGAAGGAGAGGAGGCGAAGUAAAGAAAUGGAAGAGUUACAAAAUCUUCCGAGAGAAGCGUUGCCAAACGAGCUAUCUACGUUCUCUCUCUCUACGACCGAACGGACUACGGAGGCGAGGCGUGCUUUCAAUCGAGCUCUUACAGACUUUCAAAUCCCGUUUCUCCUCCGCUCAGCUUGAAAUUAGAUUUUCGGGAUUCAGACAAAUUCAAGCGCGCAAGAUGCUUGAUCUUAUGCCAGAGAGGAGCAAAAGAAAACACUUAGGAGAUCAUGCAGGAAGAAUUGAAUUUCAUAAAGACCUACCACUAGCGCCUAAACGCUAUAUUGGGAAUUUUUCCAAUAGAUUUCCCAAGAGUAAGGUGUUGUAUGACCAGACCACAAUGCCACAACUCCAAUUUCCAAAGAAACAUGGUGCAAUUAAAAAGGAUCAAUGAAACAAAAUUUAGAGAUCAGAGCACAUCUGAUUGCCGCAUCGCUACACCCUGAGCGCUGUGGCGCAAGGACUCAACUAGAAUAGUUAUUCAAUUUCAAAGCAAAAAUUGAGGUGCGGGAAGGGUAGUUAAAGAGGCUGAUAGGGCUUAAACAAAAGAGAGUGUAUUGAGAGUGUUGGAGUUUUUGUGUGUGUGAGAGUGAGUGUAUUGUGUGUGAGAGGGAGUUUGGGGUUAUUUAACCAAGAAGAGAAAGCGAAAGUGCAAGGAAAAGGCGGGAAGCAAGGCAAAAGGUUUGCGAGAAGACUUCACCAGAGAAA